AUGUUCGAUCUAAUAAAGAAUUUGAAGCCAAAUCUGAGCCCUACUGCGAUCCACUGCGACUUUGAGCAGGCAGCAUUCGCAGCCAUAGAAGAUUGCUUCCCAGGAGUAAAUAUCAACGGAUGCUUCUUCCACUUAGCACAAAACAUGAAGAAGCAUGUGGCAGAGUUAGGCCAUCUUACAGAAUACAAUAACGACGCCCAAUUUGCCUUAAAUUGUAAUAUGGUGACAUCCUUGGCAUUUGUUCUAGUUCGCCAUUUAGAUCAGGUCAUUGAUGUGUUGGGAAACGCUUUACCUGUUGCGCUUCAACCACUGUUGGAUUGGUUCAAAGACAAUUACGUAGGACGUAGGAACAGACGAGGAGAUGGUAGACGCCCUCCAUUAUUUCCCCAGGAGCUGUGGAAUCUCUAUCAAAGGACGAUGAAUAGGGAGGAUCGAACCAACAAUUACGCGGAGCCAGCACACAGAAGGCUUCAAACAGAAUUAGGAGUCGACCACCCUACAAUAUGGAAAUUUAUCGACAGCCUCCGUAAGGUGCAUAAGGGUAGGGACGUUCACUAUAAACAAUUAGUUGCUGGGAAUCUGCCACCCUUAAAAAAGAAAAAAAAAUAUAGGGACGCGGAUGGGCGGAUUUUAAGAUUAGUCCGAAACUUCAAUGCCGAUGGAGAUAUUUUACAAUAUCUUAGAGGACUUGCCCAUAAUUAUAAAAUAAAUCAAAAAGAACAGAAUAUCAGCCAAAAUAUCAAGCAACUUAUGCAGGAAAGAAGAGAAAUGAGAAGCGAGACGGAAACUAAAGCUGACGAACUACAAAAAUUAAAUAAAGAAAUAUCCAAAGCUGUUAGACAAGAUACUCGAAAAUACAACCAAGACCAAAUCGAACAUACCAUUGAGAAUAAUAGAAGUAUGAAAGUAUUGAGAAAAAGACCAAGAACGGGAUAA